GGGAGCCCGGUCAGGUUGCGGGUGCAAUAUUACGGAAACAUCCGCUCGGCGCUGGAGGGCGGGCCGGACCUUCAAAGGCUCCCGAGAAAGUUCAGAGUUGAAGAGCAGGAGUUGCAGGCGGUCGUGUCGGCGACGGCGGAGGCGAGGCAGGCAGAUCCGAGCGAGCUUUCGACGGGUGUGGAGCUCCUUCCUGUCACGCGCCGCCGCUCCUCGCCGUCGCCUCUCUUUCUCUUCGUCUCCCCCUCUCCCUCUGUCUGUUUCUUCGGCCGGAGAGCACUUUCCCCUUCGCGUGGAAGACCUGAAGCCCUUGCGCCCUAUUCUUGCCCGUCCUCUCGUCCCCUGUCAUGUCCCGUCCCUUCCCUGGUCGUGGGAGGAUGCAAGAUAUCUGACCUUUGGCGCGGCUGAAGGGAACCUGUCUUCGGGAAGCAAUCUCUCCUUGCUGAACGUGUGGCACUUCGGGCGCGACACCGCAAUGGAGAUGUGGAUUGCAUGUGCUUCGCUGCAGCUGCUGACGGUGCUGGCAGUGCUGACCCAGGGCGGCGCAGCGGCCUCCACCGCAGCCGAGACGACCUUGCUCCGCUGGAAGCGCCAGGCUAUCCACUGCCAGCCGGGAGACGCGGCCUGCGCGCUCUGCUCGUCCUCCUGUGACACCGUGGAGGCGUCCCGGCUGCCCGAGUGCUGCGAGGCCUACGGCGCCUGCUGCGACCAGUACUUCAAGGCGUGCAAGCAAUGCUCUAACAUUGUAAACGAAGACAAGUUUUUCCCCGAGUACUGCUGCGCUUCCUUCACCGACUGCUGCGACCUCAUAACCACUUUCACCACGGAGGUCAAGGCCCCGACUUCGCGCAAAGCCAAGGGCAAGGCCAAGGCGGACAUGCCCGUGCCCAUCACUCCGGCUCCCAAGCCCGAGGUCUUCCCAGGGAUCAGCGAGUACCCAGGCGAAGAAGCCCGGCCCGGGGCUCCCCUUAUUCCUGGUGCGCCUGCUGACCCAGUCGCUGCUGUUGCCCCAGAGGCUCCUGUUGACCCAGAGGCUCCUGUUGCCCCAGAGGCUCCUGUUGACCCAGAGGCUCUUGAUGCCUCAGAGGCUCCUGCAGCCCCCAGCGCACCCUUCCCCGCCGACGCAGCUCGCGCGCCUCCUGCGAGAGAGCAGCCUAAGCGGGGCCGAGGUGGCGGCAGCAGCGGAGGUGCGGCAGGCGGCCGCGGCGCCGCCCGAGGAAGGCAGCCCCAGCGCAGCCAGGCGCAGGAACCGUCGGCCAACAACAGGAGAGGCCGCGUCACGUCCAGGGGCCGCGUGCUGUAACCACUGUCCCUCUCGCUUCGCCCUGUCUUGUCUCCUCCAGUCUAUUCUUAAGCCUUUUCUUUAUUUCACAUCUUACCUCUUUCUUCUAACUAUUGCUUUAUAUUUUCUAAAUCAUCAGUUAGCCCUUCCCCUUCUUUCUCAUGUAUAUGAACUCGUAGGGAAUUUCGAAAUUUUCAAUUCCUCUUCUCUUUGUCCCUAAAUAUCAAACAUUCACCAUAGUCCUCGUCUCUCUCUCUUUCUCUCUCUCUCUCUCUCUCUCUCUCUCUCUCUCUCUCUCUCUCUCUCUCUCUCUCUCUCUCUCUCUCUCUCUCUCUCUCUCUCUCUCUCUCUCUUCUCUCUCUCUCUCCCUCUCCCUCUCCCUCUCCCUCUCCCUCUCCCUCUCCCUCUCCCUCUCCCCCCUCUCCCUCCCUCCUUCUCUCCUGUGCCUCUGACCUUCCCGCCUUCCUCCCCGUCUGCCGUCCUGGCCCCUGCUACAGGAGCUGCUGCCGAAGAGACUCGAGAUAAGAUCAGAAAAUGUGGAACUGUCUCCAUUGUUAUUAGUAUAUACUGCAGUUUUCUCUUUCAAGUGAUCUGUCCUAUUUCUUUUAUUACUCGUGUAUGUGAUCAUUCUGCCAUCUUGGUUUUUUGGAAACAUUGUUAUAUAUUUUUUCUUAAGUUAUGUUCGCCGUCAUUGUUACAGCUGUUCUAUGUUUACUUUCAUUAUUGAUUGUUGUGUUCUCUCUAUACAUUGUUUUCGUACAUUGCUCCUCAAUAUACCUCCCUUCCUGUAUGUC